AUGUCCAAGGAAGUUGGGAACUGCCGUCUGGGCGCUACCUACAAGCCCAAGGAGCGUAAGCCCAAAAAACCACACUAUAUCCCCAGGCCCUGGGGCAAGCCAUACAACUACAAGUGUUUCCAGUGCCCCUUCACCUGCAUGGAAAAGUCCCACUUGUACAACCACAUGAAGUACAGCCUCUGUAAGAAUUCCCUGUCCUUGCUCAUUGACAGCUCCGACUGGGCCUACAAGAAGGGUCAUCUUCUCCAGCCUGAGCUACAGCUCUUCCCAACUGCUGAAGGGCCCCGGGGCCUGCCCAAGGGUGACCUUUCUGACCCAGCCCCACCUAAGAGGCCAAAGCCAGGGCCCAGGCUGGGGGACAGUUCCCCAGCAGAGCCAGGGCCACCCAGUGAUGGGGGAGCUUUCCCUGAGGAGGAGGAAGAGGAAGAAAUGGCAGGUGGACUCUUGAGGGCCAUGGACCCCAGUGAAGGUAGGAAGGCUGGGGCCCCGGGUGAAGCUGAUGUAGGAGCCCUCCUCUUUGGAUUCAAAGACAAGAGCAGGGAGCCAGAGCCUGACUUUAUCAUCACUGAUGUCUUCUCCCUCCGGAAUGCCGGGGCCAGAGGCCGGGAGCCACCCUCACCAGAGGCUGAUCCCAAGCCAAAGGCAGGAAGGGCACCUAAGAAAUCUCUGAGCACUGGUGGGCUCCUUAUGGAACAAUGGAGGCUGGUAGCUGGUGGCCAGAAGAGCAGAACCAGUGUAGAUCUGGCCCCAGUGGGCACUGAGGGCAGUGGCAUCAUCCCUUGCUAUCCCCCUCCAGCUUAUAGCGAUUAUCAGGAGGCCCAAGGCCUCAACCUGUCCCUUUUGGGCAUAAAUUACCCCCUGAGCCCUGGGCUCUACUCCUACCUGGGGCCCACACUCACCACUGGUGCUACUGCCACCCAUGCCCCCAUAACCCAGAUGCCCUUUUUGGCAUCAGCUGCUCAACUUUUGCCCCCACCAGCUGCUGCAGCUGCAACUACUACACCCUUCCAGACUCUGCAAGGCCCUGAACGCUCAGCCUUCCUCCCACGAUUCUACUACCCACUGCUGUUUGAGCAUGCCCUUGGAACACCCAGUGGGAAAGCCACAGAUACCCAACCUGCCCCAGCAAACCUUGCCCUUCCAGCUAAGACACUGGGAGAGAUGCCCACAGCUCUAGGGCUCCUCAAGGUGCCAAUGUCCAAGGCUGUUGCCUCCUGGCCCCGGAGGUCCUGUAGGGACCCAGUCCAGGAGGGGGAGCUCAAAGCAGGGCCUCCAGGAACCAAGGAAGAAGAAGAAGAGGAGGAGGAGGAAGGCAGGUGUCGGGGUUCCCAGAAGGAAGGUAGUGGGCCAAGCAGAACACCAUCUUCAGAGAUCUACCGGGGCCUGCUUGGGACUUGCUCCAGGAAGGUCCAGGGGACCCUAGCCAGCACCUCAACAACUGUGAGCACUCUGAAAAGAAAGUCCUUUUUUGGGAGUGGACUUGACUUCCUGAAGGAUCCCUCAGGUGUGGACAGCCUGCCACUGGGGAAGUUUGACUACCAGAGGAGUGUGCCAGCUGCUACACCACUGCUCCCUUGGCCCAAGGACUCUGAUACAACCGGUUCUGAGGCUACUUCCCCUGGGUUCCCAGCCCUGGAUGGACCCCCUGGCAAACAACCCCAGGGGUACAGGCCAAUGAGCCCAGGUCCAAUCGGAGAGGACCUGUCCAAAGCCCUGGGAGACUACAAGAAAGUGGAGAGACGGCUGGGUCAGCUGGCUACCACAGGUGGUCCCACUCAGGGCCCACUAUGGGAACAGCUGGGAAAGAUACGUCAGGAGCUUUAUCACAUUCACCAGGCCCUGGAGAAGGCAACCAGGCCUCCUGAGGGGCCCCUUGACCUGUCUGUGAAGAGAGUGCCAGACAAAGGGCCAUCCCCUACUGGGUUGGAGCUGGAAGAGGGUGGCUGGGAGGAAACUGGGUUGGAGACCACCAAGACACCCUUGGAUCUGUUGCUACUGCAGCUGGGCCAGCCAGAGGGGAGACAAGGAUCCUCAGAGUCCCCUGGGGUGCCUAUUACAGUUCUACCCCCAACACUGGCAACAGAGUCCUUCUAUGGGCAUACCACUAAAUGUGAGGCAGACUCCAGUGUCUUACUGGCUGCUGAUGGGAGAGCUCCUGGGGGGUCUGGGUCUACCCCCGGGGGCCCCCAGCUCCUGGCUCCUGAGGAAGGGCCUCUAGGUGGCUGGGGUGGGGGACCUCGAAGUGGGAUGGGGGUCCUUCCUGGGGACCCAGAAGCCACAUGUCUCCAUAGCCCUGAGAACACUGAAGUCUGA